AUGGAGAUCGCACUGUGUUCCGAAUGCUCAGCUUCAUCUGGAGAAGAUGAAAAGUUCGCGCUCAUAGGGUCGAGCCGAGGAGAUAUCUAUGCGUUAGGGGUUCGCGGUCUUUCGAUCAUGAAGUAUAUACAGAGCUUCGGCAACACCUGCACAGCCGAUGCGUUCAGAGGUCCUGGUCACCUUGAUCGCUGCAGUUAUGCUUCAGGAAAUUCACUGCAGUGUUUGUACAGAAGAUCCAGAGUGUCUUCGAGCUAUGGAGCGCGUUUACCAGAAGCCUUUCGUAUGCAAGCGAGACAGUUCGAGCACCAGGCACCGUAUGCCGAAUUUGCUGCGAUUUUACGUAAGAUGGAAAGCGAAGAGAAGCAAGAUAAGGAAGGACUCGAUUUGGAGAGAACUUUUAUUCUUGCUGUCGACUUCCGAUGGAGCGGCUCCCUCCGAACUGAUCGCCCACUUUCCUGUAUCAGAGCAGACGAAGGAAAGGACAGUAGUGAAGUUUAUUUAUCUGUCGAUGAAGAGCUGAGUGAUCUAGCAGAAGUGCGAAUAAGCGUCAGAGAGCGAAGAAUGCAUGGCCAGAGUGACGAAAUAGCCACAAAAACAGUAAAAAUUCGGAAGUAUGUGCGAGUUUCUAUCCAAAUAAGCCCAGAAGAUUUGAGGCGUUGGUGGACGGCAGACCCUGUUGAAGGCUUGGUGGUAGAAGCUUUACUCAACGAUGUCAACUUAGCCGUUCAUCCGCAAAACACUCGACGACCAGCCGAGAGUAUGGUUCUUAUUUUACAACUUCAUGACCCUGCUCUAAAGAGAUCGCGCCGGGCAGCAUCACCGGUUUGUACUGAAUCAAUGAAGGAGAAUGGUUGCUGUCUCUAUGAUCUUGUUAUUGAUUUCGCGGAGUUCGGCUGGGAUUUCAUCAUCGCUCCACUCAGAUAUAACGCAUACAUCUGUCGAGGAGACUGCACGAGUACCGAGCCAGCAGUUAUGGUCCACAACCGCAUUGCUGACAACCGACUCAGCACUUUAGCUCAAGUAAAGCAUACUACGAAUUGCUGCCACCCGACAAACUACGAUCCUCUGAAGAUCGUCUACCUCAACCAACAAAAUCAAAUGACAGUGGCUAAAGUGGAAGGAAUGAUUGCGAGGAAGUGUUCUUGCUGA